UCUUUUCCCUGUCAAGUGAUUUCUGUGCUGUGUGAUCAUUGCUCCAGCUUUAGAAAACAUUCGUUCACUAACAGACUGAAGUGGCAACAAUGGAUAAUACAUUUUUCAUGUCAACCGACAUCUCUAUUGGAUUCUGAGUGAUACAAGUAACAGCUGAUCCAAGAUACAUUGCUCUUCAACGUUCCGUCCAUGUAAUGGUAAAUAAAUUUCACAGCUAAUUUGAAUCUCGGAUCUAACGCAGUAGCCAACGCCAGAAUUGAAUUGUCAUAACAGAUCAUACAAUUAACGUCAAUAUUUUACAAGUGCACAUUCCACUAACGAAUUCAAAGUGACAAAGCGUUUCUAAAUAACAUCGCUGAAAGUAGCAUCAUGUUUUUAGAUUCGAAACAAGACAUUUUGGACAAAAACAUCGAUACAUCGUUUGCAUCCCUACCCACUACUGCAUUAAAAAAGAGCAUUUUGGAGUACUCCAACGUAAACCACAUACUCAAACAAUUUUCCAGGAAUGUGUAUCAUAAAUGCUGCGAACUAGCACUUAAAUUCUACAUAAUUGUGAGCCUUAAAUCUCAACCACAAUGCAACGACAAUUAAAUGAAAUUGUAAAUUGAAAAAAAUGUCCUGAAAUUAUUUCCGACAGAACAAAUACAUAUCUAUGGUUUUGUAAAAUAUAUUUAAACCUUGAGUUGAUAAGGCUUUCAGAUUGGCGAACCAUUCGUCAGCACAAAGCGUCUGUCCAUCAACAAACAACAAAAAGCAAAAUGUCCAGCAAACCAUACAGCGCGAUCAAUAUAACCAAUUGUGGUUUAGAUGACCCACAGAGUGAACUGGGUGCCGCCUUUGUCAAUAACAACCUAACAGAUUUUCGAAUUGCUCUCGAUAAAGGUGCAAAUCCUGCUAGAAAUGAUGACAAGCAUUUCAGCGUCUAUGAGCUAGCUCUGAAAACACAUGGCUGCGCUGCAUUCGUAGAGGAAUGUUUGAGACAUGGUUGUAGCCCAAAUCAUUUAAAUCAACAUUGGAAGAAAUCAGCAAUCAAUUUUGCUGCCGAUUCAUUGGAUCCACAAAUUCUCAAUGUACUCUUGCGUAAUAAAGAUGUACAAGUAGACCGACCAUAUGCCAAACUCACACCUCUUAAUACACUCGCCAAAAAGCUGACUACCGAGAAUCAGAACGAUGUAUUUGCUUGCAUCAAACUUCUUUUGGAAUAUGGCGCCUCACCGAAUAAGCCUGACGAUCGUGAAAUGACACCACUAAACUACAUUUUGAAGAAUAAAAAGCUUGAUAGUCAAAUUAAGCGUGAACUUGUUGAGCUUUUCACUUCUCAGCAAGAUUUAGAUGUGGAUAGCUUUCGAGAUGGCGAAGUGCGCGAAAUGUUGAAUCGUGAUUACCCCGAAAUGUUGAUAAAAUUGAGCGCCGUCGGUGUGAGCUUAGAUAGGCUGGUUUCGCUCCUUCGCAAUGGCAACGAAGAGGAAUUUGUACAAAAAUUUCCCAAAUACAAAGCCAGAAUCUUCGAAAAGGAUAACAACACGAGUGACGUGCAAGAGCAAGAGCUUCAGCUAUUUAUAGAGUCUAUUAAGCGCGGUACACAUAAAGCAUUUGAUUUACUCUUGAAUUGCAACGUGAAUGUGAACGGCGUCUUAGAUUAUAAAACACCUAUACAAAUUGCCACGAUUUUGGGUAAUUGGAGGGCCCUUAAAAUACUACUAGAACAUAAUGAUCUCAAGUUACGCCAACAGGAUCAAUUGUUAAUUACUGUCAUUAGGCACUUAGGUGAUGAUAUUUUAUACGAUUUUGUAAACUACGAAAAAUGUCUAUAUUUACUAUUAAAUUCGGAUCGAAUUGAUGUGAAUGAGUCUGAUCCCAGUGGCUCAACACCGCUUCACUAUGCCGUCAAGUAUCGAAAUCGUUUAGUUAUCCAAGAAUUAUUACGUCAUGGCGCUUACAUUGGCAUGCGUAGCUCAUUUAACGAUUUACCCAUUGAUAGUAUACAUCCGGAAGUGUUAGAAGAACACUUUGAUAGCUGCAUCACCACAAAUGGUUAUAAACCUGGUGAUAGUGACUUUGAAAUACUGAUCAAUUUCAAAAAUCUCAUUUCACAACCACUUUUAAGUCACGCAACGAAACUGCGCACACAAAACUUUCACGAAGAGAUGCCACCAAUCGCGUACAUUGCUGAAUCAAAAGAACACCGCCAUCUACUCCAACAUCCUCUCAUCACGAGCUUUUUGUUCCUUAAGUGGCAUCGCUUGUCUGUCAUCUUUUAUAUUAAUUUUCUCCUAUACUUCUUUUUUGCUUUAAGCAUUAUAACACACACAAUUCUGAAAUUUCGUGAAAGCGAAUACGAAGCUCUAACUGUGUUAUUCGGUCUCUUCUCAUGGAUUGGUAUCAUUUAUCUACUUAUCCGCGAGAUAAUACAAUUUGUUUUGGCCCCACUGAAAUAUUCCCGUUGCAUAAUUAAUUAUAUGGAAGUCGCACUUAUUAUAUUAUCCAUAAUGACCUGCAGCGAACCUAGCUAUAAUCGUGAAACGCAAAGAGUAAUAGCUGUAUUCACGAUACUCCUUGUCGCUUUGGAGCUUUGCUUGUUGGUGGGUUCGCUGCCAGUUCUAUCAAUAUCAACACAUAUGUUAAUGCUCCGUGCCGUCUUAAAGAGUUUUAUUAAGAGUUUUGCUCUCUACUCAAUCUUCGUGAUCACAUUCAGCUUGUGCUUCUACAUCCUUUUUGGUAAAUCCCCGGAAAGCAACGAUACCACAAACGGCACCGACACCACAAGUGAUGGUGGCGAAUUCAACAAAUUUGCUAAUCCAUUUACAGCGGUCAUCAAAACUAUUGUCAUGUUAACAGGAGAAUUCGAUGCCGGGGAUAUUGAAUUUGAUACCGUCUACAGCUACUUGAUAUUCUUAAUGUUUGUGGUGUUUAUGUCAAUAGUUCUUUUCAACUUGCUCAAUGGUCUGGCUGUUAGUGACACGCAGGCCAUUAAAACACAAGCCGAACUAAAUGGUUCCAUUUGCCGUACUCUUUUACUCACGCGCUACGAACAUGUACUGACUGGACGCACCGGUCAUGCCAGUUUCAUCAUCAAACAAGAGCCGUUCCGCACAAUAUGCCGCCGCUUAAUGAAUCUCGAUUCCAAUUACAUUGUUGACAGACAAAUCGCUAUUCUACCGAAUGACCACAAUAGAGUGUUUGUCGGAGUAGCCAAGUGUAGUGGAACAGUGGAAUCAAAAGACAAUUGCGGCCGAAAAAAUGAAGGGCGCAACUCGAAAUCACAUUUUCUACCUUUAUCAGAAGAAAAUACCAACCGUCAGAAGAAAUUACUUGAUGCGCCUGUUUCAUUCUUACCCUGCUGCUGCACCUGUAUUACAGGAAAAUGCUCUGAAAUGGAUAGUCGCACUGUAAAAUUAGCAAUGGCAGUGAUCGAACGGAAAUCAACAUCACAACAAGGGAAGAUACGUGAAGCGAAUACGGAAAGGAGACUGAAGAAUAUCGAGGAACGAUUGGCGCAGAUAACGGAACUACUGCAGAAAUUGAGUCCAGAGUAAUAAAGGGGCCAGUUGAAAUUUGAUAUCAUUAACAGUUAUGUAUACAUAUUGUUAAGAACAUUUUUAAUAAUUGUUCAAACAUAAAAGUGUCUUGAGUAUUAUUUAUUCAAUAUUUUAUUAUUUUUCGAAGAAUUUAAGAUAAUUAAUUCAAAAUAAAAUGAUCAAUGUAACUUGA